CCCCCUCUCCGGUCCUGGGAGCUCUCGCGCCCGUCACCCCGCCGGUGGCUCACUCCGGCCUCGGCUGCGUUGGCCGCCAGCGUGCACACUGCCUGUCUGCGGGCGCAUCGUCCCUCUGCCUGCUCGGCUCGCAGCGCUCGCUCUGUUUCCCAGGAGCGGGGAUGCAGAUGGCACGGCCGGGCCGGGAAGGUGCCACCGCCGCCGCCGCUGGCAUCUCGCGGACUGCGCGCUGCCUCCGCUCCCGCAGCUGCUGCCGCCGCCACCGCCUGUGACUCGCCCCCCUCCCCUCUCUUUCUUCUCUUUUAUUUAUUUAUUUAUUUUGUUGGCCUCAGUCCUCUUGCUCCGGGUGUGCGCGCGCGGGCUGCACGGUGUGCUGUGGCAGGAGCUCACCCGUGUGUCUGUGUGUGAGUGCGCGCGCGCGGGGGACAGCGUGUGCGUGUCUGGAGGGCGCCCCGAGCCUCAGUGGCUCCGGGGGAGUCCAGCAGAGAAAAAGAACCGAAGCCGGCGGCCGCGGCGCUUGGCGGUGACGGCGGCGGCUCGGAGCCCGGGCCGCGCGAUGAAGCUCCCGCAUGCCCGCAGCUACCCGGCACGGCCGGCAAGCUGAUCGGCCACCACUACCGGAGCUCGGGGAUCACCACCCCCGGCAGGCACGCAGCCCUCGGCGGCCCGGCGCCCGCUCUGCCCGCGCGUCCACGCCGUGCACCGGGGAAGGAGUUGCGCGGCUGGCUCCGGGGCUCUCCGAGCGGGUUGCGGGCGGCAGAGCGGACCUUCUACAGCCGGAGCACCUCGGGGGCAGCAAGAGGAGGACGGCGAGCAGGGCUGGGCGGAGAAGCCACUACUGGUCCUCGCCGCUGCCCCUACCUAUCCCCUCCCUCCCGUUCGGAGGCGGAAAGGGGAGGACGAGGAAGAAGAAGAAAAAGAAAGAGAAGGGGGGUGGGGUGGGAGAACUGGAUAUAAAGAUCGGCUUGGGGGGGGAUGGUGGAAGAUUUUUGGUCUCCUCAGCAGCGGCUUUUCUUGCGGCGGCGGCGGCGGCAGCGGCAGCGGCAGCAAGAGAAGGAAAGGCAGCCUUAGCUAUGACUGCCGCAUGUUAAUAGCUCCCGCUUGGGUCCGCGGGCUGCAGCCGGAGACACAGCCUGACUCCGAAGUUGUGCAACUGUGCCCUGGGAGAGACAUUUGAACCCUCCUUCUCUUUGCUCCGCUUUUGCCCCCUGGGGCGUGUGAAGCGAGGAAACGUAAAGGAAGACAAGCAUUUGGCUUUCCCGGCUUCCCCUUUCUCCAUGGCUGUGUAGAAGAAGAAAGGAAAGAGACACUUUUUGUUGUUUCUUUGACUGGGGUCUCCACCCUCCAGCCGUCUCUGCGUUUUGAUUAUCAUUCUUUGCUUGGUGUGGCUGGGGUAUCUUCGCUGGGGCCGGUCCAGCUUUUUUUUUUCUUUUUUUCUUUCUUUCUUUCUUUUUUUCUUCUUCAUUUUUUUGCCCUGGGGCUCAAUGGAUGGAUUGUGGAAAACUGUACCGGGUUGCAGGUUGUUGAGCAACUGAUGGGACCAUCUCAGGGACCGGCGAUUACGAAAGAUGCCGAUUUGAAGAGCUACCCUGAAAACUGAAAUGUUGAAUUCAGUAAGUCAGAAGACAAAACCAUGGACUUUUAGCAAUCAAAGAACCAAUUAAGGUGUCUGACUUGGAAUAGCCGUGCUUAUUUUUGAGGAAUUUUUCUUUCUCUUGUUGUGUUUGUUUUUAAUCAUUGCUAUUGGAAUACAGAAGAGGAACCAGGAAUAUACUCAUUUGGUUUCCCUUCGGAACACAUUCUUGAGGCAUUCUCGCCUGAGAACACAGCCAUGUGGCCACCACAGCUGCUCAUGCUCUUGAUGCUGUUCGCACCUGGAGUGCAUGGUGGCAAGCACAAUGAGAGACAUCCAGCCUUUGCUGCUCCACUGCGACACGCGGAGCGCAGCGCAGGAGGCGCUCUACCUCCCAGACAUCUCCUUCAGCAGCCAGCGGCAGAGCGCGCCACUGCUCAUCGAGGACAAGGGUCACGUGGAGCUGCCAGAGGAGGUCGUGGACCAGGUGCCUCAGGAGCACAGGUUGCAGCCCAAGCUUUCAGCCGUGCCCCAAUUCCCAUGGCAGUGGUCCGCAGAGAGCUCUCCUGUGAGAGCUACCCCAUCGAGCUCCGCUGUCCUGGCACAGACGUCAUCAUGAUUGAGAGUGCCAACUAUGGGAGGACAGAUGACAAGAUCUGCGACUCCGACCCUGCUCAGAUGGAGAAUAUCCGAUGUUAUCUGCCAGAUGCCUAUAAGAUUAUGUCUCAAAGAUGCAAUAACAGAACCCAGUGUGCUGUGGUGGCAGGUCCUGAUGUUUUUCCAGACCCAUGUCCAGGAACUUAUAAAUACCUGGAAGUGCAGUAUGAAUGUGUCCCUUAUAAAGUGGAACAAAAAGUUUUUCUUUGUCCUGGACUGCUAAAAGGAGUGUACCAGAGUGAACACUUGUUUGAAUCGGACCACCAAUCUGGGGCAUGGUGCAAAGACCCUCUACAGGCUUCCGACAAGAUUUAUUAUAUGCCCUGGACCCCCUACAGAACUGAUACCCUGACAGAGUAUUCAUCCAAAGAUGACUUCAUUGCUGGAAGGCCAACAACGACCUACAAGCUCCCUCACAGAGUGGAUGGCACUGGAUUUGUAGUAUAUGAUGGUGCCCUGUUCUUCAACAAGGAACGUACCAGGAACAUAGUAAAGUUUGAUUUACGGACUAGGAUAAAGAGUGGAGAGGCGAUCAUAGCAAACGCCAAUUACCAUGACACAUCCCCAUACCGAUGGGGUGGCAAAUCUGACAUAGACUUGGCAGUGGAUGAAAAUGGAUUAUGGGUAAUCUAUGCAACAGAACAAAACAAUGGCAAAAUUGUCAUUAGCCAGUUGAACCCUUAUACCCUACGGAUUGAGGGGACAUGGGACACGGCGUAUGAUAAAAGGUCAGCUUCUAACGCGUUUAUGAUUUGUGGGAUUCUGUAUGUGGUCAAAUCUGUAUAUGAGGAUGAUGACAAUGAGGCCACUGGUAAUAAGAUUGACUACAUUUACAACACCGACCAAAGCAAGGAUAGCCUGGUGGAUGUACCCUUUCCUAAUUCCUACCAGUACAUCGCAGCUGUGGAUUACAACCCCAGGGACAAUCUGCUUUAUGUGUGGAAUAACUACCAUGUUGUGAAAUACUCUUUGGACUUUGGACCUCUGGAUAGUAGAUCAGGGCCAGUGCAUCAUGGACAAGUUUCCUACAUCUCGCCACCUAUUCACCUUGACUCUGACCUAGAACGACCCCCUGUUAGAGGCGUUUCUACCACAGGAUCCCUGGGCAUGGGAAGCACAACCACCAGCACCACUCUUCGGACCACGACCUGGAACAUAGGGAGGAGUACCACCCCAUCAUUGCAGGGCAGAAGAAACCGGAGUACCAGCACACCGUCCCCAGCUGUGGAGGUGCUGGAUGACAUCACCACACACCUGCCAUCGGCAGCUUCCCAGAUUCCUGCUAUGGAAGAGAGCUGUGAUGCUGUGGAAGCCCGGGAAAUAAUGUGGUUUAAAACCCGUCAGGGGCAAGUAGCAAAACAGCCCUGCCCAGCAGGAACGAUAGGUGUAUCAACUUACCUAUGCCUUGCUCCUGAUGGAAUAUGGGAUCCCCAAGGACCAGAUCUAAGCAACUGCUCUUCUCCUUGGGUCAAUCAUAUAACACAGAAGUUAAAGUCUGGAGAGACAGCUGCUAAUAUUGCUAGAGAGCUGGCGGAACAGACCAGAAAUCAUUUGAACGCUGGGGACAUCACCUAUUCAGUCCGUGCCAUGGACCAGCUGGUUGGUCUCCUGGAUGUGCAGCUCCGGAAUUUGACCCCGGGCGGGAAAGACAGUGCAGCGCGCAGCUUGAACAAGCUUCAGAAAAGAGAGCGCUCUUGCAGAGCCUAUGUCCAGGCGAUGGUCGAGACAGUUAACAACCUCCUUCAGCCGCAAGCUUUGAAUGCCUGGAGAGACCUGACAACAAGCGACCAACUCCGUGCAGCUACCAUGUUGCUCGACACGGUGGAGGAGAGUGCUUUCGUGUUAGCCGAUAACCUUUUGAAGACCGACAUUGUCAGGGAAAAUACAGACAAUAUUCAACUAGAAGUUGCACGGCUGAGCACAGAAGGGAACCUAGAGGACCUGAAAUUUCCCGAAAACAUGGGCCAUGGAAGUACCGUCCAGCUCUCAGCAAACACUUUAAAGCAAAAUGGCCGGAACGGGGAGAUUAGAGUAGCCUUUGUCCUGUAUAACAACCUGGGCCCUUAUUUGUCUACGGAGAAUGCCAGUAUGAAGUUGGGCACAGAAGCCAUGUCCACAAAUCAUUCUGUUAUCGUCAAUUCCCCUGUUAUUACAGCAGCAAUAAAUAAGGAGUUCAGUAAUAAAGUUUAUUUGGCCGAUCCUGUGGUAUUUACUGUUAAACAUAUCAAGCAGUCAGAGGAAAAUUUCAACCCUAACUGUUCAUUUUGGAGCUAUUCCAAGCGCACAAUGACAGGUUAUUGGUCAACACAAGGCUGUCGACUCCUGACUACAAACAAGACACAUACUACAUGCUCCUGUAACCACCUCACUAACUUUGCAGUAUUGAUGGCGCAUGUGGAAGUUAAGCACAGUGAUGCGGUCCAUGAUCUUCUUCUGGAUGUGAUCACGUGGGUUGGCAUCUUGCUGUCCCUUGUUUGUCUCCUGAUUUGCAUCUUCACAUUCUGCUUCUUCCGUGGGCUCCAGAGUGACCGUAACACCAUUCACAAGAACCUCUGCAUCAGCCUGUUUGUGGCAGAACUGCUCUUCCUGAUUGGAAUCAAUAGAACCGACCAACCAAUUGCCUGUGCGGUGUUUGCGGCCCUUUUACACUUCUUCUUCUUGGCGGCCUUCACCUGGAUGUUUCUGGAAGGGGUGCAGCUGUAUAUCAUGCUGGUGGAGGUUUUCGAGAGUGAACAUUCCCGUCGGAAGUACUUUUAUCUGGUGGGUUAUGGGAUGCCUGCGCUCAUCGUGGCUGUGUCCGCCGCAGUCGACUACAGGAGCUAUGGGACAGACAAAGUAUGCUGGCUGAGACUUGACACCUACUUCAUUUGGAGCUUUAUAGGACCAGCGACCUUGAUAAUUAUGCUGAAUGUGAUCUUCCUUGGGAUUGCUUUAUACAAAAUGUUCCACCAUACUGCCAUACUAAAACCGGAAUCAGGCUGUCUUGAUAAUAUCAACUAUGAGGAUAACAGACCCUUCAUCAAGUCAUGGGUUAUAGGUGCAAUAGCUCUCCUCUGCCUGUUAGGAUUGACCUGGGCCUUUGGACUCAUGUAUAUUAAUGAAAGCACAGUCAUCAUGGCGUAUCUCUUCACCAUUUUCAAUUCUCUACAGGGAAUGUUUAUAUUCAUUUUCCACUGUGUCCUACAGAAGAAGGUACGGAAAGAAUAUGGGAAAUGCUUGCGCACGCAUUGCUGUAGUGGGAAAAGCACGGAGAGUUCGAUUGGCUCAGGGAAAACAUCUGGUUCUCGAACUCCAGGACGGUACUCCACAGGCUCACAGAGCCGAAUUCGGAGAAUGUGGAAUGAUACUGUCCGAAAGCAGUCGGAGUCAUCCUUCAUCACUGGAGACAUAAACAGCUCUGCGUCACUCAACAGAGGGAUGCCUCCCAGAAGCCCUCCUGCAGUGCACUGUGCAGAGCCUUCAAGCACCCGGACACAGAACCUAUGGACCUGAGGCUGACCCACCACCCAUAUUAUCCUAUGGUACCUGGCAGCAAAAAUCUGCAUACGUGAUGGAGAAACCAUGAUGAUAAUAUUUGAAUGGAGAAACGUGUACAUUGAAAAAUUUCCAAUUAAGCUUCCUAGCUGUAUGUAACCAGAGGUUUCAGUUCUUUUAAUUAUUUACUUUUAAAUUUUAUAAGUACUCUGAGAAUUUUGUACAAUGUGUUUUGUUCAUAGUUCCUCAUUUACCCAACACCUUCCAGACCAACUCUCAUUUUCUAUGCAUCCAAUAUUGCUCUCUCCCCAAGUCCAAUUUGUGUUGCGCACACAGUCUUGGGUAUAUGGCCUUCUAAUGGAGUUUGGUGGAUUUAUUAGUGGUGACUCUCUUAAGGAAAACUGGCUCUCCCUCUCCCAGAAGCUUUUAAGUGCCAAUAACUUCUCAGCUAGUGGCGGGACUUCAAGUCUACACCCCCCAGACUUGGAUAGGAUUUGGUUCGCCUUACUGCUUAAUAAGAACACUGCUCUCUCUGGUCAGUUACAUAGUCAAUGACUCACAGACACAAGUAUAAAUUUUAAAAGUGUUUUACUCAAGAGGAUCAGAACUUCUACAUGUUUCCUAUUACCAGUUCUUAAAUACUAUUGAAAUAAUCAUAGAAGUAUGUUUGAGUCUCCUGUUUCAUGUAUUUUGAAAUAUAGGGGUACACUUCAGCAUAUCCAAUGUCCUCUCACUCCCUGAUUAUACAGAAUAUAGAUAUGUGUAUAUGUAUGUAUAUAUAUAUGUAUAUAUAAUAUAAUCUCAAACACUAAUUGAUCAGUAUAACAUAAGGCAUAGUUCACAAUCAGAAUUGUAUCAAUAAAAAUCUAAAGAAUAAGUUCAUCAUUUGUGACUAUUUUCCCUGCAAAGGAAAAUUUCAGUGUCGUCAAAUUUAACAGCACAUAUAUGAAAUAUUUUAUAGUUUCCCCAAAUUAGAUAGAAAAUGUUUGUAAAAAUCAUAUGAUAUUGCUAUUGACAAAUCACAGAGCUGACACUGCUUUGAUUUACCAAUAAGGAAAGCCAAUUUCAAUCAUGCUGAAAUAUUGAAUUAUAUUCUCAUCUAUUGGUCAAAAUUAUCAAAUUGUUAUAUAAAAGAUAUUAAGAAAUUUACAGGGAGAAAUAUUUAGAGAAAGUGGUUUAGAUGUUUUGGUCAAAGGGCAACUUUAAAACAUGUUUAUCUUUUCUGUUUAUGGUAAUUUUCAGUGUUUGGGAACUUCUCAUUUAUUGUGAUUUUUGUUUUCACUAUAAAUAAAUAUUGAGUAUUUUAUCUAAUUUGUUACUGAUGUUUUUUAGUUUAUACUUUUUUUUUGAAAAAGAACCUCAAAAGAAAUAAAUUCUGGUUCUCUUUUAAACCCUGGAAUUUUGUCUAUUUCCUCCUAUUGGAGGAUUAUUCAUUAUGAUUUUGCUAUUAAAUGUGCAUAAAAUUGGCUUCUCUGUGGAAAUGCUUUCACUCCUAGGUCUCAACUCAAUUUUUAUUACUUGUAUAAUCAUUUUAUUCUGUGAAACUUCUUCUUGUAACAUUUGACUACUUAAAACAUGUCUUAACCAUUUUUAUUAACCUGGGGAAAAUUAAAAAUAACAUUGUAGUUAGUUGACUACGUGUGUUAUAAAUACUUUCAAAUAUACAAAUAUUUCAAAAUAUACAAUGUUGCAAACCUUUUAUAACAUCUUUCACUUCGUUUAUUUUCAUGGUAUUUAGUUAUAUACAAAAUAGUGGAUUCCACAAUAUCCCUUUUGUUCAUUUUCUACAUGAGACAAGACAGAAUAUUUGUCUUUCUCACAAAUACCAUCUCCCUCCUGCUCCUUUAGACCCUUUCUUUCCUGUACUUAGUGCCCCUUCUAGUGUCAUGCCCACACACAUGAAUGUGUGGCUAUGCUUUUACCUGGGUGCUUAUAUUUGUCUUUCAUUUUGCAGCAGGGACUACUUGUGCAUAGUAUAAAAAAGUUUCUCUUUAAAAUUACAUUUUAAAGAAUUUUUCUUUCCCUGUGAGAAAUAUUACUUUUGUCAUAUGUCCACAUAUAGGAAUAUGCUUUUGGAUUUUCUGUUUUAAGUAUCAAUUUCUGCACAUUUAUGAUUGCUGUUUAUUAAAGUCCUAUACUGUCUUACUUAUUAUGGCUUAAUAAUUAUUCUAUAUAGUUGGUCAAGAAAUUCCUUUUUCCUUUCAUUCUAUUACUCUUUACUUUUGUAUAAAGAAUUUUAAAAUAUCUUGUCAUAAAUCAUAAGAAAACCUAUUUUGCAUUUGAAAUUAUGAAGGAUGUGACAAUAAUCAGGAAAUAUCCUAUUUUCAAAUAUAUUCUUUGUAGCCACAAGCAUGGGCCAUAAUUCGAAAUAUUCAUGUAAAGAUCAGCCCAUAGUUACUAUUUCUUCAACUCAAUUUGACAUUAUAUAUUUGCUCUUGGAUUUAAUACUGGAAAUUAAUCCAAACAGCAUAGUUGCUUAUGGAUAAAGACUUAUUAAUGCACUUGAAGUUUGUAUUGUAGUUACGCCGAGUAAUUAUGGGAUAUGAUAUCUGAUAUUUUGUUGAUAUUAAUAUUUCUGUCAUAGCUUUACAACACCUGUGUUACUGAAAAGAUGUGUUUGAUCUAAUGUAUGGAUUCUGUUUAAGAAUUAAGGUAGAUGGACUUUUUACCUACUGAGAGACUUCAUUAGUGGAUGUUUACAGGAAGCAUAUUUGGCUAGAAUCCAAACCUUGAGUUUUUUCAUGGUGCAGCUUAUUUGUAAAUAUUGUGCUUAAUCAGGAUA